AAUAUUCCUGAUCAAAGCAUUAAUUAAGAACUAAACUGGAUGAGGAAUGAUCAAGCUUGUGAUACUCUUGGUUCAGAUUAUGAAGAUAUCAAAGUAGAUCCAGAUAUAGUCAUGGAUCAAUUCUCAUCAGACUGUCCAGGAAUUCAAAAUAAUAAAGAAGGGACAGAGCAGAUAACCUCAGAAUUUGGAAAACUGCUACCCAUAGAUCAAGAGGAGAAUGCCUCAAUUCUGUUCGAGAGAGAAAGGGAGAGAAAAAGAACAGUUACCUCCGUGAGUGAAGGUAAAAUACGUUUGAGAGCACCCAACUGGUCCGACCAGCAGUCAGCCUGCCUAAAGGAUCUGAUUAUGACCUUGGAUGGAGGGAGUAUCUACACCACUCUUCUUUCCUAUAAUAAAACCAAGAAUGGGAAGGAGAGAAAGAUGAGAGCUUGGGAUAGAGUGUAUAGAGAAUUCACAAAAAUCCCUGGAAAUAAAGUGUUUAAACUGAAGCACCUCUUUUGCAAAUUCAAAAACUUCAAAAAGGAGUUAGUAGAAGAGGGAGGAUUCCAGGCAGUUCAGGCAGUUCAAGCAGUUCAGGCAGCUCAGGCAGUUCAUGCAGAUGGUUCACCUCACUACCCUUCCAAUGGACUAGACUGGAUGGGAAGUGAUCAAGGUUGUGAUACUCUUGGUUCAGAUGACAUUGAAGAAGAUGUUAAAGUAGUUCCUGAGAUAGUCUUGGAUCAGUUUUCUCCAGAUUGUUCUGAAAUUAAGAAUGAAGAAGAACUAUUAGAUCAAAGUGUUUCAGAUCAAGAGGAGAACGCCUCAAUCUUAUUAGAUGGAGAGACAUGUGGGAAAAGACUGAUAAAUUCCAAGAGUAAAGGUGGGAAACCUUUAAGGGCUCCGAAUUGGUCUGACCAGCAGCUAGCCUGCUUACAGGGUUUGAUAAAGACCCUGGAUGGGGGUAACAUCUACACCACUAUUCUUUUCGACGAUUUUACCAAUGCGGGCAACCAUAAAAAAAAGAGAGCUUGGUAUAGGGUGCAUGAAGAGUUCACAAAAGUCCCUGGAAAUGAAAUGUUUGAAGUGGAACAUCUCAUCAGCAAAUUCAAGAACUAUAGGAAUUCAACAAAGGAGAUAUCAGAUAAGAAAAGGUAUUUGUCAGCCCAAGCAGGAGUGCCAACAAACUCUCUUCCUAGUGGAGUGGAACUGGAGGAACCUCCACAGUUUUCGAAGGAACAAUCUAGGUUAUUUAUAGAAAUAGUUGAAAGUGUGAACAAAAAAGACAUAAUAGAUUCUCCCAUCAAUACAGCAGCUAUGAAAAAGAAGAAGAUUGAGGUUUGGAGAAAUAUUCAUGCUCAGUUUGAAGAAAGAUCUGGUUGCAACUUAUUCAGUAUUCAGAACCUUAUAGGCGAAUAUAGAAAUCUUUUAUUUUACCGGAAGGAGGAUUCGAAUUCUGGUGAAUCUGGAAAUUCAUCCCUACAUAUUUUACAAGAACAUCAAUACUCGAAAUCAGAGGAGAGUAGAAUUACAAUAGCACAGUCGGGUGUGACACCUCCUCUUUGCAUAGUUAACCUUCAACCCUUGAAUAUGGAUACUGGGAGCAUGGGCUCAAUGGUGGGACUAGGAGUGACCCCUCCACAGUUUACACAGGAACAAUCAAGAUUAUUCCUUGAAAUAGUUGAGAGUGUGAACAAAAAAGAGAUAAUAGAUUCUCCUGUUAACACGGCAGCUAUGAAGAAGAAGAAGAUUGAGGUUUGGAGAAAUAUUCAUUCUCAGUUUGAAGAAAGAUCUGGUAGCAACUUAUUCAGUAUUCAGAACCUUAUAGGAAAAUAUAGAACCGUUCUAUUUAAACAUAAACAGGGAGGCAUAAUCGACCUGAAUACUUACUAUCGUCCCAUCCUGCCUAAACUUCCAGAAGAAGAUCCUCAAGAGUUCCUUGAUGUUCCUGUCAAGGUGGAGAUACAUGAUGGGGAUGAAGAAUGUAAUCCUCUUGAUGCCCCUGUCAAGGAUGAAGAAGAUCCACUGAAGAUCUUUGAUAACCCUGUUAAGGGGGAGAUUAAUGAUGAAGAAGAUCCUCUACAGAUCCCUUGAAAUACUAUGACUCAUGAUAAGGAUGGAAGAGGAAAAAUCUUACCUCUAGAGAGCUUGGAGAAAGCGGAAUAUUACAGCCAAAGAUAAAACCUAUAAAGUUCAACAUUGUCAGUUAUAAACAUGCAAAUUAGAAGCGUUAGACCAAUAAGUUGAUUGUUAUUGUCCUCUUAUUUCUUAAAAUUUCA